UUCCCCACGCGUCGCGGGAUUCCGGCCUGGGUCCCGCCCCGGGAGGAGGGCCCUGCUGGGCCUUGAGAACUGCACUUCCCAGCAUGCCCUGCUACACCUGCGCUUGCGUACCGGAGCUACCCCGCCAGCGAGCGGGUUGGUUUGAAGUGCAGUGUUAGUUCCAUGGAAACCCGCCUGCUUGCAGCAGGACACCGCCAUCAGCGGGCAGAUGGACUCCGGGGAGCGUAUGGAAACUACAAUAUGUAGGCCAAUCCUCUCUCCAACCCACAUCAACUCUACAGCUUCUGAAACAUUCACAGUCCUUCAGCAAAGGAUGAGAAUAGUAGAAGAACAGACCAGUUCUUUGAGGGAUGACUUAAUUAUGUUGAACUAUGGUGAAAAAAGAGGCCAUUUGGAACCUCCAAAGGGUUUAGAAGAGCCUUCCAGCCAGAAACUCUUUGGUCCUAUCAAGAAUGAAGUAAUUUGUUCAGGAAAAACAGAUUUUUUAUGGAAGAACUGUGAGUUUCUGGUAAAUCGAAUGUGCCAUCUGGAAAGUCUCAUUCAAUCCUUGAAGAUGAAUAUCUUUCACAUGCAAACUGAAAAGGAUUUGAACCCACAGAAAACAGCUUUUCUCAAGGAUCGAUUGAACACAAUUCAGGAGGAACAUUCCAAGGACCUGAAGCUGUUGCAUCUUGAAGUGAUGAACUUGCGCCAACAACUGAAAGAUGUAAGAGAGGAAGAAGACAAGGCACAAGAUGAAGUGCAGAGUUUGACUGCUCCUGUGGAAGUUGCCUCAGAGACAAAGGAUACUGCAGCUAUUAUUGAAGAGGAACUGAAGACCACAAAACGUAAAAUGAACCUUAAAAUUCAGGAGCUAAGGAGACAACUGGCUCAGGAGAAGCACUUCAGGGAAUCUCUUGAGAAAUCUGAAUCAGUCAUGCUACUCAAAAUACAGGAAAUGGGAUCAACAGUGGAAGAAGAACGGAAACAGGUGCACAUUUUGCAGCAAAACUGUGUUGCCUUACGCAGUUCUAUACAGGCCACCCAAGAACUACUGGCACAGGAGCAACAGAAAAAAGAAGGGUUGGAGAUGGCUAUCUCACAACUCAAGUCUGAUCUAAAGAUGAGUGACACAGCUGGUAAAUGGAAGAGCCUAGAUUUGAUCUUGAGUAUAGUUUCUAGAGAUGACCUCAUUUCCAAGUUGGUUGAAGACAAUAAGAACAUGCAAAUAUCUUUCAACAAGGAACAUGAAGAAAACACAUAUUUGAAGUCCGAAAUAUUAUCCCUUCAUGAAGCAUCAGCAAAAACACAGGUUUCAAAUGACCAACUGAGUAGAAAGUGCUCAGAGCUAAGCAGUAUGCUUCAGAAUGCUACUGUGGAAAAUGCCAGGAUUAUUGCUGACCACCAAGCCAUUCUGCAGGUAGAGCAAAAAAUGAUGACGCAGACAUUUCAAGAACAGAACUUACUGCUGGAUGCAGCCCAUGCCAGCAUCACAAAUGAACUAUACACAGUUCAGAAUGAAAAAUCUCAACUCCAAACACAUCUGGACCAUUUAAUCCUUGAGCAUAACCAGUGUGUCCAGAAAGCACAGGAUGCUGAGAAAAGGACAGCUGCACAAAAAGAGCUUCUAGAAUCAACUAUUACAAGAUUGCGAGGUGAACUGGAAGCAUCAAUACAAGAGAAGAAGUGUCUGCUAGAGGAGAAUGAAAGAUUUCAGAAAGAGGUUAAUAAAACUGAAAAAGAAAUAGCACAAGAGAAAAGCAAUUGGGAAAAGGAAUUAGCUAAAAACAAGGCAGACAUAAAUGCAUUAAACCAAAAUCUGCAGGCAUUAGUAGAAGAAAAUAAGAACCUGGCAGAUCAAAUAGCUUCUCUGGAACUUCAGCGAGCCACUUCUGAAUACCAUGGGCUUGCUGAGCAAAAGGUGGAAAAUGUCUUGGGAAAAAUUACUGAGAGUAAAAAUAAACUGGCCUAUGAAAAGGGAAAACUCCAGGCAAAAGUUAAACAGCUAGAAGAACAACUGCAGUGUUUUACUGAAACCAGUUUACAGAAUGAACAUCUACGCAAGCUGAAUAAGGCUCUAGAGGCCAAAUAUGCUCACGUGAAAUCCAUUCUUGAAAAAAAUGAAGAAGAGCUAUCGCAAGCAGUGAAGUGUCGAGAUACAGCCCUGCAAGAGAGUCAUAAGUUGAAAGGGAACUUGGAGGCUUUGGAGGAUAGGGAAAACAAGAAGGUAGGAAACUUUCAGCGACAAUUAGCAGAGGCUAAAGAAGACAACUGCAAAGUUACAAUCAUGUUGGAAAAUGUGCUGGCUUCUCAUAGUAAGAUGCAAGGUGCUUUAGAGAAAGUACAAAUAGAGCUUGGGCGAAGGGAUUCAGAGAUUGCAGGCCUCAAGAAAGAAAGGGCUCUAAAUCAACAGAGGGUGCAGAAGCUAGAAGCUGAAGUGGACCAGUGGCAGGCCAGAAUGCUUGUUGUGGAUGCACAGCACAGCAGUGAGAUGGAGCCUCUACACAAAGCUCUAGAAAUAGCAAGAGAAGACAACAGGAAAUUGGCCUUGAGCCUGGAGCAAGCUCUUCAGACAAAUAAUCAUCUGCAAUGUAAGCUAGAUCACAUUCAAGAAAAAUUGGAAAAAAAAGAACUUGAGCGGCAGAAUUUGGAAACCUUCAAAGAACAUAUGGCUGAGGAGUCCAAAGUAGAAGCAGAGUUGCAUGCUGAACGCAUAGAAACUCUAAAAAAACAGUUUCAAAAUGAGAGAGACACUGCAAAGAAGGCAGCACAACGGGAAAGUACUGAGCUGAAGAAAGCCCUUGAUGAAGCCAACUUCAGAUCAGUGGAGGUAUCCCGAACCAACAGAGAGCUGCGGCAGAAACUUGCAGAGCUGGAAAAAACACUGAACAGUAACAAGGAGAAAAUAAAGAAUCAAAAGGCCCAAAUAAAGCUCCACUUAUCCACUAAGAUGAAUAAUGCUCAGAAUGUGGAGAGAAUGAAGCAAAUAGAAACAGAAUUGAGGCAAAUGGAGCUAAUUAAGGAUCAAUAUCAGAAAAAAAACUAUGAACAGUCAUUGAGUAUCCAGAGAUUCGUAUCUGAAAUGAGUAACCUGCAGAAAGAGAUGCAGCUGUUAGCCAAGAGCCAAUAUGAAACUUCAGCACGGAAUAAACAGCAAGAGCUUCGACUAAUAGCAGAGCAGAAAAUGAGACAGGAAUUAGAAAAUCGGUGUCAGGAAUUGGGAGAAACUGUUAGACACCUGAAGAAAUGUAAAGAGGCAACGGAGAACAAAUUGAAAGAAGCCAGUGUGGAAUCAGAACAGAUAACAGCUAACCUGCAAGAAGCUCACCGCUGGUUUCAGUGCAAGUUUGAUGGCCUGCAACUUGAAUUGACAAAAAAUCGGUUGCAGAGGCUUCCCCGGGAAGACAUAUGGCUAGAAGAGGAUCAAGAUACAAGACAUGAUUUUUCCAAUCAGUCUGCUCUGCAUCGAUGGGAGGCUAAACAGAAUCUUGGAUUCAUGGCCAAGAAGUGUCAUUCUGAGGAUUGGGAGGAACAUGGAAUUCAAGGAUUUGAAGACUUUCAGAAGCUUGGAGCAUUGAGUUCUUACAGAGGACAUCAGCAACAAGGCACCAUCUUGGAAGCAGGGAAUAGGAUUCUUACCAGAUGCCUAACCUGCCAACACCAUGUUUUUGGACUUCCAAGGCUGCAGAACUGUGAGAAAUAAAUUUCUGGUUUUUAUAAAUUGGUACUCUCAGAUAUUUUGUUUAAAUCAAGCAAAAAUUAACUAAGACAUUUAUUUAAGGGCUUUUAACUUGUUUGCUACAUCUCCA